CGAUCUGGUUUGGGCUGGAAAGUUUUGUGCUGCUAUUAGGGAAGCUGUGUUUGCUGUUGACGCUGUUUGAUUUUGGUUUUCUUGUGUACGAUUAAAUGACAGCAACUUAAAGAUAAUGCUUGAGUCGCACCGCGCCUGGUUUGUGUUGGUGCGUCAGCGAUUACGUUUGAGUAAACUUUCGCUGUGAAGUCAGGCGAUGGAGCAAAACACGCAAGAAGAUCGGUUUAUUUUAUAUGCUAAAGAGGGGGACUUUCCUCUCGUCCAUACGCUACUUCAUUCAAGGAUAGACGAAAACUACUCGCUUGACAUUAAUUGCAGAUCCAGGUCUAAAAGCACCUUAGGAUGGACAGCCCUUCAUCUGGCCUGUAACUCUGGUCACAGGGAUGUUGUGGAGGAAUUACUCAAGGCAGGGGUGGACGUGAAUUUACAAGACAACGUGGGUGACACACCUCUGCACAAAGCUGCAUGCACAGGAAGAAAGGAGAUUGUUCUGUUGCUGCUUCGGUAUGAUGCCCGUGCAACUAUAAUCAAUGGAGCUGAUAAAAUCCCCAAAGAUGUCACAGAAGAUGAUGAAAUCAUUACCAUGCUGGAGGCUCUGUGCCAAGGAGGCUCCUGACAUCAAUUGCAGGGAUUCAGUUGGAAAUACGCCUUUACACUGUGCAGCCUACAGAGGGCAGAAGCACUGCAUUACAAAGCUGCUCAAGUCUGGAGCCAGCCCGAAUGUCAGGAACACUAAUGGUCAGACUGCAGUGGAUUUGGCUCAAACUGAUGAACUCAAACGGAUGAUGGCAGCCUUUCAAGAAAAGGAUGCGACCAGUGGGGUGCAGAAGGUUGAGGGUCCUCUUUGGAAG